AUGGUAACCAAAGGUAAUCAGCUGAAUCCAUGCCCCUCCCCUUCCUUGUCUCCUCAGCUGGUGGAACAGGCCCCCUCUCCGAGGUUUCUGGGAACUCAUAUGCAUCCUGACAACAUCCCUCAGAGUUUCUAUCAAAACAAAACCAAGAUGUUGGUGAUCUUCAGAAAUCCUAAAGACACCCUGGUUUCUUAUUAUCAUUUCUGUAACAACAACCCCGUCCUCCCAUCCAUGAAAUCCUGGGAAUCUUUCUUCACCGACUUCCUUUCUGGAGAUGUUCCAUGGGGCUCGUACUUUGACCACGCCCUGGCCUGGGAGAAGAAGAUGGACGACCCCAGCGUCAUGGUGGUCACUUAUGAGGAGCUGAAACAGAAUCUGAGCCAAGGCGUCCGUCAGAUCUCCAAGUUUUUCGGCUUCAGCCUGACGGAAGCUCAGGUUCAGGAGGUCGCAAAUGGAAGCACCUUCAGCGCCAUGAAGGAAAGCUCCACCCACUCCCAUGGCAACAUGGGAAAUGUCAUCUUCAGGAAAGGUGAGGUCGGGGACUGGAAGAACCAUUUCACACCACAGCAGAAUAAAGAGAUGGAUGAAGCCUUCAACAAACACCUGAAGGGAACCAGACUGGGGGCCAAGUUGAACUACCAGGACCACUGUCAGUGAAACGAACCCACAGAGGCACCGACACAAAGGCCAGACGUCAAACAGGAGCUCAGGACGAGUUCACCACAAGGAUUUAUUCAGUCAAGGAGUUUCCUGGAAUGACAGGUUCAGGGCCAAAAGUCCCAUCGAAUACAAAAGGGUGAACAGUAGAAGGAAGGAAAGAAAUGAAGAAACAGAAAGGGAAAAAAUGUAAAUAAAAAAAAGGGGGAAAAGUGCUUUAUGGUCAGUCUUCUUCAGUCUAAGAGGUAAACUUUUGUGGGUCUGCAGCGAUAAAAGUUAUUUUCACAUUUUUUUGAAUCAGGUAAGACGUUGAAGCCAGUUUUUUUUUUUUAUCUUGACAAACCUGAGCAGCUGUACCUGUCUCACCUGUAUCUGAUUCUGCUUCCAUCAGUCAAUAACGUAAGGAUACUUUAACUCACCCACAGGACUAGUAACAGUAAACCCACAGGAGCACUAAUAGGAAAGUAAAGGAAAUAUAGAUUCACUUUUAAAGCACGUUUUGCAUUAUUAGAGCAAAUUGUUCUCUCUCUCACUCAGUUAGAUUUGACCAAAAAGGCAUAUGUUGAAAGGUUCUUAAAUUUGGUUUAUUGCCUUCAAUGUAAAAAAAUUUUUGUAAUGUUCCUUUGGCGCCUCCUGUUGUUAUCAUCAAGAACAGCACUGUAGUGGGUGGACUCACCUCAGUCAAGAUGAAUAAAAUAAACUACAGCUGGAAGAUUAGGAUACUCAGAUUGAUCGUUUCUACUAUAAAAUGUAUUAAAAAUCUAAAAGAAAAGCCAGUUCUACUUCCAUUUAGGUAAAAUGUGACAAGUUUAGUUUUCAGUAUGUAACCCUAUUCAGCCAACGACCAAAAUCCACAAAAAUACAGAGUUUACUAUUGAGUAACAACAAAGGAGCUGCAUGACCUGCAAAACAUUGGAAUUUUUACAUGAAAACUUAUUCAUAGUUGCAAAUCAUUUCUGUAAAUUAACUGAUUAAUAGAAUAAUCAUUGUACUUUUGGUUGGAAUGACAUUAUAAUCUGUCACCAAGACAUAUUGAAGAAUUAAAUCCUAUUGUAAUUGUUACGCCCCGGCCUAGGGGUUUACCAGGACGAACAUAAUAUGCUCUACUUUUGUCCCCUCCCAGCUCCCAAGCACACACAUCAGUCAAAAACUAAAUUCACAAUAUUUAUUUUUUACAACUAA